AUGACUGCCCAUACCGUUGAACUGGCAAAUGUGCCCAAGAACGACAAACCUUGGUGGAAACAAAGGCAUCUGAUCAGGCUCAAUUGGCACAUCAUCUCCCUUGUCAUGUUCUCCUCUGCCAACGGAUACGAUGGCUCGGUCAUGAGCGGCAUCCUGGCCCUUGAUACCUGGAACAUUGGUCUGCAGGCGGGAGCCCCGAACGAGAAAACCUUUACCCUCUCGCGACUCGUCAUCGGCCUCGCCUCGGGCUGGCUUGGCAACUCGUCACCACUGCUUGUCAACGAGAUUGCUCACCCCAAGCAGCGGUCCAUCGCCAAUGCCUUGUACAUGUGCGGUUGCGAUUGGUCGUGGCGUAUUCCUGUUCUCCUGCAGGCCCUGAUUCCUCUGCUCGCUCUACCUGGCUUCCUGAUGUCGCCCGAGAGCCCUCGCUGGCUCAUUAGUGUUGGACGUGUCGAUGAAGCGGCCGAUCUGCUCGCAAAACACCACGCUGGUGGCAACAGGGACGACCCGCUCGUCGUAUACCAACUAAGCGAGAUUGAAACGACUAUUACGGCCGAGAAGGAGGCUUCCUCCAGCGCAUCGUAUGCGGACAUGGUCAAGACGCCCGGGAAUAGGCACCGCCUAUUCAUCUCCGUUACGCUGGGUUUCUUCGCGCAGUGGGCUGGCAAUGGCGUCGUGUCGUACUAUCUGCCCCUUGUGCUUGACUCGGUAGGCGUUAAGACGGUCACCGAGCAGACCCUGAUCUCGGCGUGUCUCAAUGUCUGGAAUCUCGGCUGGGCUGUCGCCGCCGCUAUGAACGUUGAUCGCCUGGGCCGCCGCUUCCUGUUCAUGAGCUCCGGGGUCACCAUGCUGACGAGUUUCAUCAUCGUCACAGGCCUCAGCGGUGCAUUUGCGAGCUCCGCAUCUUCGUCCGUCGGCAUGGCUGUCAUUCCGUUCCUGUUCUUGUUCUUCGCCGGUUACGACAUUGCCCUAACCCCUUUCCUCACGGCGUAUCCAUGCGAGAUUUGGCAGUUCAGCCUGCGCUCGCGCGGCCUCACCGUGGCUUGGUGCACAACUGUGGCGUCCAUUUUCCUCAACACGUUCGUCAAUGCGAUCGCCCUGGAUGCUAUUGGCUGGAAGUACUACUUUGUCUUCAUCGUCGUGCUAUCGCUCAUGAUCAUCACCGUCUUCUUCGGGUACCCUGAGACGCGAGGAUACACUCUCGAGCAGAUGGCCAUAGUCUUUGAUGGGGUUGAUGCGCCAGUCAACUCCUCGAAUCUGAUGGAAAAGAACGCUGCGGUAAGCCACGUUGCCGAUGCGGACCAACAAGGCUCCGCCAAGCACAGUAAGGUGUAA